UUGUGACUUCGAAGAGAGAAAAAAUACUAACAGCAUCAGUUUCAUUACAACGAUGUCUUACGAGCAGGACAAGGAUGAGGUGAAAGAAGAGCUCGAUGCCCGGGCUAGGGAAGGCGAGACCGUUGUUCCCGGGGGCACCGGCGGCAAGAGCCUCGAAGCCCAGGAGCGCCUUGCCGAGGGGAGGAGCAAGGGAGGGCAGAGGAGGAAGGAGCAGAUAGGGACAGAAGGGUACCAGGAGAUGGGACGCAAGGGCGGGCUUAGCACCUCCGACAAGUCCGGCGAGGAGCGGGUCCGGGAGGAAGGGAUCCCUAUGGACGAGUCCAAGUUCAAGACCAAGAGCUAGACUACACGUACUCGGCUUGCGUUUUUAGUUGUAAAAAAAAAAAAUGGUGUUUAGGACCACCGUUGUGUUCGUAGGUCGUGUUUUUUACUCUUGGUGCGUUGUAGAAGAUGAUGGUGUUUUGUGCGGCUUUUGCUGUGGUGCGUAGUUUUCCUAUGUUAAUAAUGGCUU